AUGAGCAAACGACCAACGGUGAAAGAAGAUGGCGGACGUGACAAUAACCUGGUCGACAUUCUGACAACGGUGCUCGACAACUACCUGGAGACAAGCGACUCGUCUUCUCUGGAGGAGUUUGUGCGCAAGGGAUUCCACAACCAGGUGCUGCACUAUUGGGCCAAUGUGAUUGGCGUGCGGGAAGAACGACCCAAGUUUGCGGCCGCGUCGGCGGCUAUUGCCGAUCUGAUCGAGGCGCUGGACAACCCUGUGUUUGCCGUCAAGGGAUUGGAGUUCGUCAAGAUGAUUAUGGACAACCACAUCAGCUACGUGGUCAAGGCGUCGUCGUCACAUGACAAGGCCGUGGCAAUGGGAAUGAUCAAGAUGCUCACGGCCAUUGUGGGUUUCCAGAGAGGCUACUUUUCGACCGAUCUACUGAGUGAGUUCCCCUCAGCCGAACCUCACAAGUAUCCGGCCCUGGAGCCGCCACGGGGUAAAGACGCCAAGAACCGCUCCAUUCGAGAAGCCAUGAUCAAGUUUCUGUGCACGUGGAUCUCCAACGCGUCUUCGCUGACCAAAACGGACAUCAUGGUGAACCGCCGACGUCUGAGAGUCCAGUGGUUCCGACACAUGAACACAGACUCAUGCAAGUUUCUGUCCUACCAGCUGGAUAUGUUGAGGGAACACAUUUUGAACGACGAGGGCGUCUCCAAGACCUCCAAGCGAAUGCUCUUCAACGAAUGGUCCAUGGGUCUCAUUUCCCAGAGACUCUAUCGAGCAGACGGUUCUGCCACGGUGGCUGAAGAGUUCCUUCUGCAACUCGGAUCCGACGCAGAAAAGGGUAUUCUCUAUCCCUGUGACGCUUGGUGGGUGGAUGUGCUUCGAGAAGAAAAACACGGUCUUCGAGAAAAUGUGUCCAAGGCCGGUCUGCACAUUUCCGAAGAAGACAUGCGAAAAUUCAAGGUCAACGUGCUGGACUACCGAAACAGUGCUCUACUGAUGGUGCUCAAAGCCAACAUUAAGCCCUGGGAAAAUAUGCCUUGCCAGAGAAUUGCGCUGCGGUUCCUGGAGAACGCUCCGGAGAUUGUGGAGCAGGUGAUGAAGAACGAGCACUGGCUGUCGUUCGACCCCAAGUUGACCACCAACUGGGUGGGUCUGGUGGCCUUCUUUUCGAAGUUCCUUCAGUUGCCUAUCCCUUCCAUUGUCGAGAGAAGAGCCAAAGACCGAGAUUGUCCUCCUGUCAACACAAUCAUGGAGAGCGUGCUCCCCACUGCUCUUGCUACCAACAAUCUCACCAAGGGUCUGGCUUCAGAAACACCUCUGAUUCGCCAAUUUACGGCCCAGAUCCUCAAUCUCGUGCUCAAAAAGUACCAGCAGGUGCAGCAGUUUCUCAACGAGCAGCCUGGGUGGGAAACUGGUGCGUCACAGUUCCGAGAGGAGUUUCUGACUCGGUUUGUGAACGUUCAGACGAUUUUUACAGCUCUGAAUACCGAGAAGGAAGCCGGCCUGCUGCGAUACAACCUCGUUUUCCUGUGCUCGCAGUUUGGAGACUUGUUCCCCGAGGUACUGCCUAAGGCUACUCUGCCCGCGAGUCUUUUGGAAAACAUUACUGCUUCUGGACUGUCGAUUGCAGAGUUCCAGCACACCAUGAAUCUCGAGGGAAAGCUGUCAAUGACGGGUCUGUGGUGGAAGAAGACGGCUUCGGGACAUUCACUUUUUUCCACGCUUCUCAAGCUAUGUACCACCGACGUGAAAACUGUUCGACAAUCCGUGGCUGCUUCUCUGACUGAAACCACUCUCCCCACCAUGUUGUUUCAGAACCAGCUUUCCAUUUCGACGCUGGAUGUGCUGGUCAACUCGAUGGACCUGGUUCGAGACGACCCGGCCAAUGUGGACGCGGUUCUAGAUCUCAUUGACAACUGCGUGGGACGAUUCAUGACCCAGCCCUUCAAGUAUCUCGAUCUCAUAUCCGAGGUAUGCAAGAAGCAACAGCUUGACCCCAACUCGGUCGUAAUCUCGCCGUUCAUCACGGUUCUUGCCGAGCAGGUCAAGUUUGUGCCCGAGGAUAAGCGGCAUUUGGCUAAAACGUGGCUCCAGAAGAUUUUCCGAGACGCCUGCAUUGCGGGAGAGUCGUGGAAGGUCAUGGCGGGACUGUGUGAACAGUUUGAGCUGGAUUCCUCCCUUCUCAGUGCCUCUAAGCCGCUCACCGAAAAGUCGAACAAGCUCUUUUGGAACAAUGAGUCUCCCAAAGAGCUCGAGAAGCGAAAUCUAACGUAUUUUGACCUGGCUCUCGCUUUGGAAGAUAAACAAGUGCUUGCCGAGUCUUCCGCUUUACCCGAGACCCCCCUGGACGUGGCUGCGUUGACUUAUCGGUCCAAGAGCUUCAAAAAGAGCGACGUGGCAAGCUACGGAAUCAAACUGAAGAUGGCGGCCAUGGUGACUCCCACUCUUCGAAACUAUCUUGCAUCGCCCGAGUUUUUCACCGACAAUUUCGAUGACUCUCUGAUUCCCUUUUACUCGCAUCUGAUCAAGAGUGUCUACGAAGAAGUGCCCGAUAUCAAGCCCGAUUUCCAGACGGCGUUUUCUGGAUACAUCUCCGACCUGCUCAAACAGGACUCGGCCUACAAGAAUGUCUUUCUGCAGCAUCUGGCAUGGACUUUUACCGCUGGCCAGGCUCUGGAGUACGUCAAGCUUCUCAUGAAGAAAAAGAAGGACAUUUCCGGCGGUCUGGAGGUGCUGGCUGGAGUUUCUGGCGGCUUCCUAUCCACCGAUGAGCUGGUGGAGCUCGAAAAGUACGUACGAAAACAGUGUCCCCAAAAUUCCAAUACCCUGGAGAAAAUUUUGUUGGAUAACUCGUCAGCGUUGGAAAAGCUGGACCACGACAAGAUUGAAAGCAUUCUCAAGUCAUGCUACAAGGUGCACGAGCUGCUGCCUGUGGUCACCGCUCUGGCAAAGAUGCCCCAAGCCCAGAAGACUCUGGCCAAGUACGUGUCGAAGGGUCUCAGGAAGUUUGAGCCUGAGCAUCUCGCUCGCCUGGUUCUUUUGGUCGGUGUUCCUGAGGACGAAGAGGAGGUUGAUUAUGUGUCCAAGACGAUGACCAAGUAUCUCACCACUUCCAAGAAUCUGGACAAUGUGGACAUUUUUGCCCGGGUUCUUGUUCUGUGUUCGUCAACCGUGUUUUCUGACGAGGCAGUUGCCAUUGUUACAGCUCUGACGUCUGCUCCCAAGACCCACGGAUACACCCAAAAUGUUGGAAAGCUCGUGGCCAAGCUGGGUCCUGGAGAACAGCUCACCAAGUACCUGUCCAAGGGUAUCAUCAAUCUGACCAAGCAUCUGAUGGAGACCACGGAACCUGUGAUUUAUGCCAGUGCUCUGGAGGUGGCGAAGUGUCUGGACGAGAUUGCUGUUUCCAAGGAGAUUGAUUUUUGGACCCAGGUGUCGGCGAAAUCCAUCAAUGCUUUGCUCGAAGCUCUUGUUUCUCGAUGGUUUCACGACCCCGUUUGCAUUCGACUGGUUCAUUCGCUCGUCAGUUGUGCCACCAAGCAAAUUGAGUACUCCAAACUGCUUCAGAUGGUUCUUAACAGCGACGGGAAUGUUCUGCUGCUGAACAGAACUGCUGGAGAUUUUACUUCUCAAGUCCUUACUGCCACCAUUGUGCAACAGCUGUACCUGUUUGAUCGCAAGAACUCCAACACCUCGGUCGUCAACGGUGUUCUGCGUCUCUACGAGGCUCUCAACACUCUGCCCGACCAAAUUCUGCUGUCUGUUUUGCAGAGCAUGGAGUCUUCCGGAACUUACAACUGGACACAGUUUGUCUUCUCGUGGGCCACCAUUGGAGAUGUUCGAGACAUGCGGGUAUUCAACAUCAUCGGCAACGAUAUUGAGGUGACUCUGGCUGCGCCCACGAUUCUGGCCUCCAUUAACAACUUCAACCCCGGCGAAAAGAACUUCCAGCACAAUGUUGACCAGUGGAACAAGCUGAGUGCCCGGCAACAGCACGACUACCGUGUUGAAAAGACUGACGCGGUCUACGACUCGUCUUUCCUGAUGGGUGUGAUUGCUCAGCGAAUCAGAAAGGACGGCCAACUAGACAUUCGGGCUCUGGUAGAGAAUCACUAUCUUGGGUUCGUGAUUGCCUCCAUGAGCUCGUACUCGGUCUCCACUCUGAUCUACUGCAAGUCUCUGCUUGAGGCGAUUUCGUACUGCUGCGAUCUCCCCGAAAACAAGGCUCCCUUCAAGGGUCUGGUGAAGAUUAUGGUGCGAAAAUGCCUUUAUCUCAUGGCGGAGGAGUCGUUUGAGCGACUGCCGUGCAUUGUGGCCAUCCAGAUGGCGUACAUUAUUCGAGGAGUGGCAGCAGCAGGUAGCGUCAUGUACGACAACAUUGUGGGCAUCAUUCUUGCUGGUCCCAAGAUUUUUGCCGGCAUGAUCCCCAUUGCCACGCGGCUCUUCACAGACACCAACAAGGACUUUUUCCGAAAGCUGUCGUGGGGUCUGGUGACGUUCAUCAACGGAGUCAAGACCACGGAAGAUGUGCGUCUGCUGCUAAAGAGCAACUUUCUGGAGCAGCUCAUGAGUGCCUGUGCGUCUCCCACCGUGUCCAGACACAUCAAGGAGAGUGUCAUGAAGCUGGUUUGGUCCAUUCAGAAGACCGGAGAGGGCUCCAUGAUGCUGGUGUUGCGACACGGAGGACUUGCAUGGAACGAGGUGUUGGACGGAGAGAUGGCUAAAUGGAGCCAGGCCACCGCCGCGCGAUACGGCGUCACGUUCAAGGACCGGCAGAAGCUGCUGGCCUGGACCAACCAGGAUUUCCCCCGUUAUUUGGCGCGACAGAAGGAGGUGGUAUAG